AUGUUCCGGAAGGAACGCGAGCAGUUCGAGAAACUCUUCGCGCCGCUCUGCCGGGCCCUGCCAGAGCUGAAACUUCGAGGGCUCGGCCUCGGGCUCUGCGAGCAGUACCGCGAGUUCGGCGCUGACGAGGCCCGGGCCCUGGCCACGGGCCUCGGCCAACAAACGGAGCUGGAGCGGCUGACGUUGUAUCUGUGGAACAACUCCCUGAGCGGGGGGCUCAGCUGCGCUCCGCGUUUCGCUUUUUGA